GCCCUGGCUGCUAUCAUACGGGUGUCCGAAGAGUUCAUCCAUGCAGUGGAUGGUUUGUGAGUAGACAAAAUUUUCAUUGGUUCAAAAGUAGUAGCUCCUCUGUUAGAGACAGAAGUCUUUGCUCCGGCAUGUCGUGUUCCUUUUGAAACCGUACAUUAACAAUGGCUAAUGGUGGUGGCACUUUGCAGCUUCCAGAUGAUGCUCUCAAAACCUUGGAGGACUGCGGAGCUUUGAGAGCUUUGCCAGCUAUGCAGGUCCAGAGCUACAAGGGACGGCAGACGAUAAAGAUGCACCAACCAUCGCCACUUGUCAGUCUGGAAAUGAGCAGUGAACUUACAGGGACUAUUCAGAUGCAUCCAGUCAGUGGAAGCACUGGUAUUGCUGCCGCCCGCAUGUCAGCUGUUAUGUCAGUUGCCAAUGGCAAACUGCAGCUUCUUCAGCGACCUGAUGCUUCUAUGUGGCCUGGUGCUUCAGGAGCAAGAGGAGGCAGGAUUGCUGAACUCUCCGAUCUCCAUGCGAACAAUUGGAGGCUAUUCCAGACAGAAAAGCAGAAACGGUGGAUCUGUGGUAGCAUUGAUGCGAACAAGCUGAUAGUUUCUCUGGGCCAGAAGGGUUUCACGGACGUUCAGGUUGUUGUGAAUCGAAGACCAAGAGGAGGGAGAGAGAGGAAGAGGCAGGGAGAGGCAGACCUUGACAGUUCCCUUGAUAACGAGUCCAAGAAGAGGAAGAUACUGCCAGAAGCAGCUGGCCAAGAUCUGAGGCCAGACAGGAAGGAGGGGGAGGUGGAGGAGAGGGUGAUGAUGGAGGGGUGUUUUCGACGAGACAGGAGUCACCAGCAAAACAGUGGUGAAAGAGUGCAGGUGUCCUCUGCCAUAGGAGACAAGGGUAACCUGUUAAUGACGAAUGAGAUUUGUGGUACAUUUACAACUGCUGUGGCUGGCGGCGAGGACACAAUUGAGGUUGAUCUUAUGGAGAGGGAUAGGGAAGUGCGGGAGUUCACAGAUUUAAGUCCUGUAGUGGGACGUAGUAAUGAGAAGGAUGGGGAAGGGGAACCACAACACUACACUAGAAUUGGCAACGAGAAGUCAGUGGCGCAAGAGGGCGAUGGAAAGUCAGCGAGUGAGAAAGAAGAGGGCGAAAUCGAGGAAAUGACAGACGAUGCAGCCAAUGACAUCGAAGAGGAUGCGACGAACCGAAUUGUGCAAGGAAUUGAGGUUGUUGGGGAAGAGGAUACGGUUCUCAUAGCAGUGAAGUCUGCAACGACGAAAACAACGAUAAAAAUCUCAAAGAAUGAAACCCAUAUCCAUGCAAGCCACCCCCUUCACCGGCAAAUGCUGCUUGAGGCUGUCAUAGCAGAGCUCUGUGUUCUGUGACUAGUUGGAAAAGCAGGAACCCAGAUUAAAGGUUAUGUAUCUUCUUCACAAUCUGAACUGGUGUCUCCAUCAUAGAUAGCCCUUGUUUUUGUCAUCCUUUUCACCAAUCAGCAGGUCAUGAUGCAUUUUAUAAUUUUAUCCAAUACUAUUACACUAUCCAUUUUCAAUGUGGGAAAACACGCAUUGAAAUUGACGAGCAUGAAAUCAUGCACCGCCUAGACCCACCUCCCCUUUCUUAAGGGGUGACAGGACGGUGUGAAGCGAAGGAAGGACAAUCAACGCUUGCUUCGCAU